AAAAAGGAAGAUGGAGAGAAGGCGACGUGUGCUUGGUGGGCGGGGCUCCGAAUAGUGGGCGUGGCCCAUGGGCGGUCGCGGCACGCGUGGCCGGCUCGAGGGCCACAGUGGCGGCCGAGCGCGGCUGCUGUACGUGCAGCGGCGUGUCUGGAUGCGCGCGCCCAUGGCGCUGGACUUGGAGAAGCAGCGGGCGCCGAGCCCCGGCCGCCCGGGCUCGCCGGCUUCCUCCGAGCGACGGCACAAGGUGACUGCGGACGGGGCAUCGGCGCCGCAACCACACCAGCAACCGGCAGCGCAACCGGCACAGGCGGCCGGAUCGACGCCGCCUCUCAAGUUCUCCAUCGAACGGAUCCUGUCGUCCGAGUUCGGGCCGAGCGGCGGCCGCAGUGUUCCCACCGUCGCCGCCGUUCUCACCACCAAGGAGCCUCGCAAGGAGGAGCGCACCAAGCCCAUCACCGCCGCCGAGCCCCCCACGACGCCUCCGCAGCAAAACCAGCCCGGACUGCUGUGGCCCGCCUGGGUCUACUGUACGCGAUACUCAGACCGGCCGUCCUCAGUGGUCCGUACAGAGGCCUCCACGUCCAACCAGAAAGGUCCCCGGUCUCGCCGCAUGAAGAAGCGCGAGAAGAAGGAAGAGAAGCGGCCACGCACCGCCUUCACGGCCGACCAGCUGGCGCGCCUGAAGCAGGAGUUCCAGGAGAACCGCUACCUGACCGAGAAGCGCCGCCAAGACCUGGCGCGGGAGCUGCGCCUCAACGAGUCGCAGAUCAAGAUCUGGUUCCAGAACAAGCGAGCCAAGAUCAAGAAGGCCUCGGGACAGCGGAACCCGCUCGCCCUCCAGCUGAUGGCGCAAGGCCUGUACAACCACGCGACCUCGUCGCAACAGGGCGGCACCGGAGACGACGACGACAACUCCUCCUCGUGACACUGAGCUGCUGCAUGCGCGCGUCGUCGCCGCUGGGACCAAGGGUCAGCGUCGUCAUCCAGCUGUGCCGCGACAGGUCGUGCCUGCUCAGACGCCGAGAAGAGAGCGCUGCGUUCGGUUGUGCUCGGCAACUGGUGCGGAGACGCGUACACUGAGCUGAGCGAUCGAGUUUAGUGCGAACCUAAAUUACCGGAGAGCCUACGUCCGCGUGGAAGCUUUGUGCAUGCGACGGUUCCCUUUACGUCUGUAUGUCUGACAAAAACCGAACCCGGGUGCAGACAGACAUUGCAGAGGAAACGAAAAGAUGAAAGGAACAGAUGCGAAAAUUGGUUGCGAGUUUAAAGAUUUCUUUCCUCCUCCUAAACAUUAUCAAAUUUGUCGUCCGUUGAUCUCACCUAUAUGAUUCUAUAACAUAUCAAAGCGAAUAAUCGGGCAGCAACGUACAAGCCCUCACUUUGGGAUUCAUAAGGCACGAUAUAUUGUAAGGGUGGCUAGAAAAUCCAUGGGCGUGACUUGCUAAAGUGAUAGCCAUCUCGUUAAAAGAGUGUUCGCGCUCUUAAAAAGCACAAAGCAGACGUUCCAGGUCUCGGUCAUUGUUAUUCAUAUUGAAUUUUUGAGAGCAAUAACUCGAUUCGCUUAAGAGUGCAGCAGUAAAUCUCGGGCCCAAUUGAACCUUGUGGCCAGACAACAGUUCAAUCGUGCGCAGAGUACACGUAGCUGCACCGGAUGCAAAAGCAUGGCCAAAGCGUCAUGUGAGCUCAACGUCAGCUCGUGGAAUCCUGAAGGACUGAGCCCACGUCCUUUGUUAUCAAUGCCACCAGAGAGCGAAAACGCAUCGAACAACGCUUGGCGAUUACAUCACUCGGCGCUCUUGAUGUGAACCUCAAAGGCUACUACGGCUUCUGGAGCGCUCCGCGAGUGCCCUCGAGAACUUCGUACCAACGAUAGUUCCUCAAGGUUUAGAGAGGCACGGCAUGCUAUUUUGAGACGAAUACGCACCGACACAGCAUAGUUGUAUCUGCAAUGGCACUCAAACAGCUUCCACUGUGGCCUGCUGCAAAAAUUUAAAUUAACUUCCAUUAUGACUGUUUUGCAAGAGGAGAUUACAAGUCGCACCCAGUCCUAAUCACAACUGCACUCUAGACGAAUCCUUCCUGCUGCGAAAUCCUCUGGCGACGCAGUGCGCCAGCGUAAGCCCAAAAGCAGGCGCACUCUAACGUUAGCGAAAGGCGUGCUACAGCGCUGGAAAGCUAGGCCGACAAGCGCGACCGCGCUGCCUUGAAGACCCGCUGGCUACAAGAGCGUCCAACGUGGCACCCUCAUCGUUCCCGCGGCACAACAGCGAAACACCAGUCGCAUGGUCGUUCUCCUGUGCUUACGAGGUGCCACGCGGGAAGGUCCGAGUGCAUCUGAAGGACGACGCGGUGUUGUGUUCGCCGUCCCUCCUGCUUGUUUCGCGUCUCGCGAGCAUGUCUUCAAGUGCUGGACGUUUGGAAGACUUGGUGACCCCCAGCGCGGCCCCAUACCAGUGGCGACGAACAGUGGUGCGCGGUGAUCAAUAACUGGCGCUGCGGCGUAGGUGUGUGCGCGUGUGUUGACAUAGUCACCUGUACAGAUACUCAAAAAAAAGACUCGAUCGUGCAAAAAUGACCGCCACCACGUUGGCGGCCUCUCGCUCUCCUUUCUGUCUUUCUGUACAUAGGUGCCACCUGUUGUCCUUUCUUCUCACUGUUCGCGGUCCUCGCACUGGCGGCAAGGACAUUGUCUUAUAUCUCACAAACGCUAUAGGAGAAAUACACAUCCUACACUUCU